ACGAUCCGCUGCCUUCCCGUCGCCGGGCGGCAGGGGGACAGCCCGAAGGUGCCCCCAGAAACGCCUCCCCGCCCGGGGAGUAGAGGAGGCACCUCGGCGCGGCUUCCCCGGCUGCCAGCGCUUGGCGCGGCUGGCCAAGAAACCCGCCCUCCCGGGUCACCAUGUCCCCGGGUGGCGGCCGGGGCUUGGUUCGCCUGCUGCUGAUCACCUGCGUGAUGGCCGGGCCGUCCCUGAGCCAGGAGUGUUCGGCGGAGAGAAUGGAGAAUUCCAUCAUCGAUAUAGACCUGUCCCUGCCCCGGGGUGUCCGGGGCGCGGAGCCGCUCCGCGUCCCCAGCGCGGGUGCCUGUGUGCGCGCCUGCUGCUCGGGGCACAGCCUCGCAGGAGACAAGAGGUGUAAUUUGAUGAUUUUUUACGCUGGAAGAACAAGAGCACAUCCAAACUGCUACCUGUUUCACUGCCCUACCACAGACGCUUGUCCCAUGAAACCUGCAAAAGGACUUGUGAGCUACAAGAUAACUAGAGAUACUCAUGCCCCAGAGGAUAAAUCCAUCAAAACUGAGAACUUUUCUUCAAAUGAGUAUUCUUUGUCUUCGGAUGCAGGAACCUUUUUUUCUCACAGUCAGAACAGCCCUCAGAAUCAUACUGCCACUUCGCAACAAUCUGUGUUUCAUCAGGCAUCUGAACUCGUGAAGCACAUAGGCAAGCAUUUAGACAACAUUGAAUUUCAUACAGAUUUUCCUGAAUCUCAAAGGGCAGAACAGUCUGAGAGCUUAGAUUCCAUCCCAAGGCAGAAAGUAAUUAACCUGCCACCCAACAUGUUUUCUGCUGUUCAGACUGGAAAUCCCACUGCUUCAUUCCCCACCACUCGGUCUGGUGCUCCUGAAACCAGCAGUACUGCUCUUACUCCUCUGCCUAUAAGUACCACCAAACCGGAAUUUCAUACAACCCCUCUGCAUCCUCGUGUUGCCAAACCUACCAUCACCCCCACCACAGCUACCUCUCCUCCUGCCACAGCCUCUGGAGCUAAACCUGGUGCCCCUGUCACCAGCAUCGCUGCUGCUCACGUUCCUCUCUCCAGUCCCACAACUUCUACAGCCGAGCGAGUGACCGCAAAUUCCAGACCUGCUGCUGCUCCAGCAGGGCUAAGGACUCCAGCCACGUCUCCCGAGCCAACAGCUCUCUCUCGCAAUCACACCAGCCAUGGGACCCUCCCCUCUUCUUCAGAUUCCAUUCUCUCUACUGGUGGUUCCCCCACGUCUCCCCAAAACGACCUCCGGGGUGAUGACCCGUCUGACUCAGAAGGCCACCUGUCAGAGGGUGUUCUGGGAGGGAAAGGUGUUGUUCAGCUGGGGGAGAAAAGCAGCCUUGUGGCAGCUUUGCUUUUUGGGGUGAUAUUCUUGUUGCUAGUUAUUGCACUGACAGGGAAGAAAAUCCACGAGUCUCUUCAGAAGAGGCAUUAUACCAGGCUGGAUUACCUGAUCAAUGGAAUGUACGCUGACGUCUGAUGGGCGAGCGGGGAAUGACAUUUUAAGGAGCAUCUCAUUUUUGAGAGGGCAACUCUGAAAUGGAACAGUAGAUGCUGAAGUCUCAGAAGAGGAUGGAUUCCUUUUUUCUCCCCUAAUGGGAAAGCAGAAGGCAUGACAUGGGUUUGGUGGGGAAAAGAAAUGCUCUUUCUAUGCUGAACUAUAAUGUCUAUCAUUUUUGAUUUAUACUAAAUCCUGAAAAUAAACACUCAAAUCCAAGUUAAUCUAAGAAGGUCUUAUAUUUAAGGAGAAAAAGCAUUCCAUGAGCUUAAUUUGUACCGUGACAAGAUCAGUGAAAUAGAAGUACACCUAAUAAAUUGAGUGCCUGUGCAGCACGAGGGUGUUUUCAGUGCUGUUUGCACCACAUACCACAGUGUUACAUGAUUGCCUGGCAAUCCCAUUUACUCUAUCUGUAGCUUUACAGGAAUACUUAGUAAUAGAGCUUUGCAUUCAAAGUAUCCACGUCAGGCAGCAUAAUCUACACCAAAGGUCCCGGCAGAGAAGGAAGGGUGCCUCCUGAAUGCAAGGAAACAAUUCUGUUGCAAAACAUGAAAUGUGACUCACAGCCAAGAGAUUGGUACAUCUGUCAAGCUUAGUGUGGUGGGAAGCGGGCGUGAUCCAAAAAUGGCCUCAAGGCAAGUUUUCUGAAAGCUCUAAGAAAAUUCCCUGAAAAUUCCAUUGUUCAGAGAUCAAAGAAAUGUCAAGAAGUUGAAUUCUUACUAUAAGGGGGGGCUGCACAUUGCUUUACAGCUACAAACCCAGCUGUUCUGUAAAUGAAAAGCAUUCUGGAUAACCUCUUAAAGGUGAACAAAAUUACAAAUGAAAAGUAUCUCAAAUUCAUCAGCUUGUGGCUGCACUUUGUUUAACCUCAGUUGUGUUUUUUUAAUAGACAUUUUCAGAGGUUUGUGGCCAAGGAACGUGAUAAGAGGGAACAACUUUUCUAGGAGAUAAGUUCACAGACUGAUAAGUACUGGGUGUAGCUGUAAAAAUACAGAUCUUAGGUUGACCAUAAUUCACUCUCACGAGAACUAAAACUUCAUGAGAAGCUUUCUCCGUUGCAGGUGAGCUCACAGCAGCUUAUUGCGGGAGAGGUGCUGAAAACGAAUCCUCACUUCUGUGCAUUUCUGCUGUCAUUUGUUGGAGGGAAAGAUGUUGGUAUUAAUUGAUAAGGUUACAGUACAGUAGCAAAAUGUUCAAGAGAAGACAAGCAGGUAUAUCUUGGGGUUGUUCAGAGCAGUGGGCAUGUUACAAAUGGGGAAUUGUUAGGUGACCAGUUUGGAUCUUUCUAGAGGAGCCUUUACGAGCUGUGUUUGAACACUAGAGGGCAACAACAGUUUAUUAAAUAGAAUUGACGUGUUCUGAGGAUGACAAUUAAAAAAGUUUUAAUUAGUUCAUUUUUUAACUUUCCAAACAACGGAUAUUUCAUUCCAAAAAAUGUUUUAUAGGAAAGCUUUUUGUUUACUGGAAGGUUCUGGGUGGAAGAUUAUAUACACAUGGUUUUAAAACAUCUUACUGUAUCAUACAGUGUAGAAGACAACAAAACUAAGCAUAUUAUCUUCUCUAUGUUAAUAACAUUAAAUCAGAUUGCAUUAUUAGUCAUGUAUUGGCAUUUCCAGUAAACAGAGAAAAAGAGAGAAAAUAGUUCUUCAGUUUAGUUCUGGUAGGAGUAAGAAAUGCUUAUACUCAGGAUUGUUUCAAGUAAAUUACCAACCAACUAACAAGAAACAACAAACAAACAA